AGCAAAGCGGAAAUUCUCUAACGACUCAAAUUCUCAAACUUUCUCAGCAUCCAAACAAAAAACCCAUCAAUUUUUCCGAUGUCGAUCAUCCCCAGCUUCCGACGAGGCAGCAUUUUCGACCCUUUCUCUCUCGAUGUCUGGGAGCCAUUCAAAGAUUUCCCAUUCCCUUCCUCCUCAUCACUCUCCACAUUCCCUGAAUUUUCCCGGGAAAAUUCAGCUUUCCUGAACACGAGGAUCGACUGGAAGGAGACCCCGGAAGCCCACUUGUUCAAGGCAGACCUUCCGGGGCUGAAGAAAGAAGAAGUGAAGGUGGAGGUUGAAGACGACAGGGUGCUUCAGAUCAGCGGAGAGAGGAACGUAGAGAAGGAGGACAAGAACGACAAGUGGCACAGAGUGGAGCGCAGCAGCGGCAAGUUCUUGAGGAGGUUUCAGCUUCCUGAAAAUGCAAAGGUGGACGAGAUUAAGGCUGCAAUGGAGAAUGGGGUUCUGAGUGUCACUGUUCCAAAGGCAGAGGUGAAGAAGGCUGAUGUCAAAGCCAUUGAAAUCUCAGGUUAAUUAAAAUUGAGGAAUCUAAGAUCAUCUGCGUUCUCUAGUUCAUCCACAGAGUAUGUAGUAGAAAUAAAGAGUGCCAAAAUCAAAGUGAUAAUAUAUGUGAGUUUGUGUCAUUGUGUGGCUGUCUGUAAGUGUCAAGUGUCAUCCAUGUAGUUAUUAAUGAAAUUGUGUGGUUUCUUGUAAAAGUAUAUUAUAACUUGCGUUUUAAAUUUUAUAUAUCCUACUUGAAUUCUUUCGAAUUCA